AUGAAUGUGCUGGCGCCAGAGCCGAUCACGCUGGCGGACGACGAGUCCGCCAGCAGUCUCGGGCCCACCGCAGCGCUCAACGUGCUGCGGGCCCACGUAACCGAUUGCACCGUCGUGAGCGGUGAAAACGGCUCCAAGUUCGCCGUCUGGAAGGUCACCCUCGAGCUGCAGCGCCCGGACGCUCCCGCCGACGGCCAUCCCAGCGUCGCCAUCUACAAGAGAUACUCUGAGUUCCGCCGCUUCCGCGACCAGCUGGCUCGACGCUGCCCGGCCAGCGACCUGCCCCAGCUGCCCCCCAGGGUCAGCUGGUACCAGUCCUGGCGCUACCAGGACGUCAACCUCGACCGGGCGUGGUUGGCCCGUCGCAGACAGGGCCUUGACUACUUCCUCAACAAGAUCCUACUCGACCAGACGCUGGUCGCCGCGAACAGAGAGCUCAUCGUCCGCUUCCUCGAGCCGCAGCCGGCUGCCAAUGGCCUCUGA